AUGGCCCAUCUACCCGGGGAGAACCCCCCUGACGAGGAAGCAGUACUCACACCUGACACCGAGGGAGCACCUGAGGAGGACACGCCCCCCGAGACCACCCCGGUACGAAAACAAACUGGUCAGAGCCGACCACAUACGCUCGUGUACGAAGACACGACAGCCAUACCGGCAUCAGAGGUAGCCGAUGAGCCCAGUGGGACACCUACCCUCGAGGACGAGCCCCAAGGACCCCUCAUCGAGUGGCCCUCCGACGUUGACAUGGACGAACCCACGACUACACCAGGACCGCCAGAGGACGGCGUCGGGGCACUUUCGAUCACCGUGCUCUCUGACCCUCUCGGCACCCCGACAGAAGACUGCGAUGCUGAUACCAUCCCCAUGGUGACGGAACCAGACGACGAGGCCACCGACCUGGGGCCACCUGGCAUUUCAGAGCGGGAGAGACGCCCGUACCAAACUACGCCGCGCCCGGCCCCGGACGAUCUACGGCCAGAUGCCACCUCGUCUCCCCACGGGCCCCUGGGCCCAGGAGACGCCCCAGGGAACCUUCCCCAGAGGACCCGCCUACCACCCAGUUACCUGGACGACUAUGUACGGGAGAAGGCGCCACGAGCCCCCACCAACAUACCACCACCCAGACAUCCGACGCGGGACCAUCCACCUCCAGAGCGCAGGCCCUACCAGCUGCCGGACCACCCCAGACAUUCGACGCGGGAUGACCCAGGUCCAGAGCGCAAGCCCUACUAG